GAAGCUGUGUGUGUGCGCUGAUGUUAAUGUACUCGGCGGAUCCAGACACAAAAUUAUCAGCAGCUGUUCGCUCGCGUAACAAACCGUAGAAUGAACUUGCCCGAGAGUUGAAGGGGUGGUGGUUGUGGUGGGGAGAGAGAGAGAGAGAGAGGGAGAGAGAGAGAGGGAGAAGCCUGUGUUCCGUUACUCUUCCCCCGUAACAAAGUGGAUUUUAAGCUAUUUGCUGAACCCUACAACAAGAUGCUGCUGGUCUCGCAGCGAGUGGAAGCACCUCGCAUGGAGCCGCAUCUAUCGCUACAAGGAUCAAUAAAGAGGACAUUGGAAAGCAACAGCUCACCCGCAGGUAAUGACAAAAUCAAUGAGCUUUCCGAUGGCGCAUUCCCAGCUGAGGUUAAAAGAAUAUGUCUCGACGAUGUCAGUCUUCCUAUGGGUCGGAGCGAUGCCUCUCGUGUUCUUUGCUCAGACGUGCAAAACUCUCCACUGGCGAUCGGUCACCGCAGCCUGGGUUUGCAGACUCCUGCCUCCAUGGGGCCAUCUUUGGGAUGUGUGACUGCAGGCCGCAGCUCAGGCUUGCUUGGUAGCAGCCAAGUGAACGGCAGUGACAUCAGUUCACAAUUUCCCGUUGCACCAAAUGCAGAGAUGAAACAAAAUGCGGUGGAUGGACACAACAUGUUCUCGUUUGACUCGAAAGGAGGUACCAACAUACAAACGAUGGACCAGGAUUUGGAAGACCUUUUGGAGGAAUUGACAAAUAUGCCAAAUGAACUUGACAUUCUGAACAACAGGAGUGACCCUCUUAACCUGGGCCUUGUGCAAACAAGUCAGAGCAGUAGCCAGAAGCCAUCGCCUCAAGCAGGGUCACACUUGGACAACCCGUUACCUAGCAGAGAAUUUUCUCCAAAUUACAGCCAGGCACCUGUUGGGUCUCCACAGAGAAGGCCCCCGUCUGCAGGCACGUCAUAUCCAUUACCAGUUCCAGCGAAUUCAAUGCCAUUGCCUAUGUCAUCACCAUCCCAGAACCAAGCUCCAAGCCAAACCCAGCCACCAUUACUAUCUGGCGCCAAUGCCAACAGAACUGGCCCCAACUGGCGUGAGUUGUCACAUGCACAGCAGCUGAAGAAAAUAGCAGCCAGCCAACAACAGCGCUCUGUUUCCCAAGUGCCACAUCCGCAGCCAGGACAGGCGGCUAACUGGCAUCCUUCCUCUGGACCUUCUCCUCCCUACCGACCAGACAAACUUCCUAGUCCUUCCCUGCAUCAGCAGCCUUUCAGUCCCCCGAAUGCAAUGCUGCCCAACAUUGCUGCUUCAAACAAUCCUGCCAGUACCAUUCAAAGUUACCUGUAUAAUAAAGCUUCCUCCAACCAGUCCACCCGCAGCAACAUGCUGGUACAGCAGCAACCUGGUUUAAGCCAGGGGCCGGUCAAUGAUAACUCUCUGGCUUCAGAGCAGCUUUCAUUCAGCAACACCAAACCACUGUCCCAUUUUGACCCAGAUCCUUCUGUUCAGAAGCUGCCCACAGUAGCAGGAGGUCAGGGUCAGCCUUCUGUGGUGCAUUACAUGCAGCAAGCCGCCUCGGCAGCGCAGCAAUCUCCGCAACCUGGCCCAACUCAGCAGGCGACGUCACUGCAUUUCCAACAGAUGCGACAUGUGAGCGAGCAGAAAUUACGAAUGCAACAACUGAGGGUGCAGAGAAGCCUGCAACACCCUGGACUGACACCUCAAAAUAGACCGGACCAUAACCCUAAUAUGGUUUCAAGGCUGCCAGAUCCAUCCGCUAACCCAAACUCAAACUCUGGUAGUGGAUAUAUAAAAAAUCCAUCGCAUGCCUUUCUGAAGCAGCAACUUCUGAAGAAGCAGCAGAAUCUACUUCAACAACAAAUGAUGGCUGAUCAGGAGAAACAAAGGCAGCAUGAUCAAAUGAAUGGUCACAUGCUACGAGUGUCCCCUGAUUACAAGGAGCCGAGGUGCACGUUUGGAGUUCAACAGUUAAAUCAGUACCAGGCUGUGGCCCAAUCUUUGCCUGCAAACUCUGGACAGCCAUUGGCAACAUCAGCAUCAGCUCACUGUGGUAUGAGGCUCAACCAAGCGCUUUUGCAAGUGACAUCUCAGAACAAUCUUGGGCCUGGAAUUCCUUCAGUGAAUGCCAGUCAGGGUGACCGGACGAUGGGAAUGUAUUCAAACAAUCCUGGCAGUCAACAAGGCAUGUACGUACCAUCUUCAAGCAUUAACGUGACAUCUUCUGGCAUUAACAUGCCACUCCGACCCAGCCAGAGUGCAUUGGGAAUGAGAUCAAACAGCCAGGCAGUCCCGAGCCAGCCCAUGAUCCCCCAAAGGACAACAAUUUCUGUAUUUGGUGGCUCCGUGGCAAAUCCUGCUGUAUCUGUCCAACACAUAAGGCAAUCCAUAAGCCAGGCAGGUGCUAAUAUGUCAGUCCAGGGAAUCACAAAUCCUUUAGCCACCCCUGGCAUGACGUCUCAAAUGUGGGCACAGCAAAGGAUUUCCGUCAUGCAAAACCAGAACAAAAUGGAUGGCAGCAUGCAGCAGUUCCCAAACAGUCCACUAUUCUCCAAACAGAACAUGAGACCCAAUUUGUCUGUGCAGCAGUUUCCUCAUCAAAGCAUAGCGCCACCAAACCAGAUAGCACCAGGAGGACAGAUGAGGCCACUUCAACAACUGAACCCAGGCCAGAAUGGACAACCCAUGGUCCCCAUGAGUGGGCAACCCCCAAGGAAUAACCAACCAAGGCUACCCUUAACAGCCUUGGCCAGUAUGAAACCAGUGCCCCCAGGCAUCACCAGUUUGAGCCAGACACAUCCAGCUCCAGGACUCGCUCCAGCCAGCUACACAUCGACUGGCUUGUCAUCCGGAUCCUACAACUGUGUCAAUUCAGCCCCAGAGGUUUCUUCCUUUGACUUUCUUCAGCAUAACAACAGCGGUACCUUGAGUGGAUCUCGGAAUGAGUCUGACUUCAUAGAGUCCAUCAUGAAGACCAGCAGUAGCAAUGAUGACUGGAUAAAUGAUUUAACUCUUGAUGACUUUCUGGGGCAGCAUUCUUAAAGUCUGGCUGUUUAGGUACGUUUUAUCUGAUCUCCAGGCUGUUCAACCUAGAGGGAACCCAUCUACACACUGUGACUGCAGACUCAUGACUCUUGAACACUUGUGUAGGUGUGGACACUGUAUCUUUCCAUAUUAGCAGGUCUGGGUCACUGGAUAUACCUAGUGUCCUGUCUGCAACGCUGAGUUUUAAAGUGGCAAUACAUAAAUUAAUGUAUUUGUUCAAAAUAUUCUGUAAAUUAUGUUUUCCUAAUAAAUAUUGUAAGUCAGGAAGAAGUAAUUAUACUUUGGAUCAUUUGUCAAUAAAAUACAGUAUAGGCAAAUCAUUGUUUUUAUAUUAGAAUUUUUGUUAUUUUUAUUUGGUAUAAAAUAUGCAGACUACAUUGUUGGCUCAGUAAUACUAUGUAUUACAAUGUUAAAAUACAGGUUAUGUUUUAACAUGACAUAGGCAGUGCAGUCUUGUGUUGUACAGGUGAUUUACUCCUGGUUUCAUAGACCUUCAUUCAACAUCAAUCCCAUUUUGAUUUCAAUAUGUGUUAGCACAGUGAGCAAUCCACUGAUGGAAUGACUGUCAAUAUGAAAUUGCUUUCCUUGUAAUCUGUCAGCUACUGUUGACAUUCUGUACAUUUAUAUGUGCGUUCUACAGAGAUAUUAUGAGCGUCAUAAUGUGUUUGUUGCUGAAACUUUUGUGAAUUCAUGUUUUAUUAGUCACAUGUAUUUUUUUUCUUUCAUGAAUGUGUUUCUUUUAUUUUAAUUUAAUACCAUCUUGGAGCACAAAUAGUAUGACAAGUUUUUGCUUCAUAUCAUAAUAAACUUGCCUUGUGCCAA